CAUUGUCCAAGAUGGCUCCCCGUGGCGGAAGUGUGCAUCUGUCAGUAGAGGGCUGUGCUGAGCAUGUGUGUGCCGGAAGCUCUUGAGCUCUUUCUCAUUCAGUCGGGAGCUUCGUGGCAGCCUGCGGGAUCCGGAGCAGGAGAGGGAGAGAGAGCAUGGCGCCCAACCUGACCGUAUCCAGCAACCCUCCACUGGCUGUACUAUGGACUGUGGACCAUCUAAAAGGCAAAGUAGAGAUCCAUGUGGAGGAUGGGAAGGAGACUGUCCUGCGAGAGUCAGAAGGGGUAACUUUCAAUGACGUGAACUCCAUUAUCCGGUACCUGGCCCGACUUGCUCCAGAAGCUGGACUGUACGGCUCAAAUCUGAUGGAGCAGACAGAGGUCAACCACUGGAUGGAGUUUAGUCAGACUCGGCUGCAGGACAAAUCCAACUUCCCUGCUGCUCUACAAGAACUGAACCACUGCCUCUCCCUCCGGACCUACUUAGUAGGGGACUCUCUGACCCUCGCUGACAUCAGCGUCUAUUCCACCUUGGCAGUCAGCAGCAUAUGGCAGGCAGAGUUAAAACAGAACAAAGCUGCUGUCAAUGUCCGACGCUGGUAUACCUUUUUGAAGCCCAGAGUUCCCUUCCACGGGGAGCUUAGUGUCAGCGUGGCUGCGCCUGCUGAAAAGAAGCAAGAUGUUGGCAAGUUUAUUGAGCUUCCAGGUGCAGAGAUGGGGAAGGUGGUGGUGAGAUUCCCCCCUGAGGCCAGCGGGUAUCUACAUAUUGGACACGCCAAGGCUGCUCUUCUCAACCAGCACUAUCAGGUGAACUUCAAGGGGAAACUCAUUAUGAGAUUUGAUGACACCAACCCAGAGAAAGAGAAGGAAGACUUUGAAAAGGUUAUCCUGGAAGAUGUUUCCAUGCUGCAGAUCAAGCCUGACCAGUUUACAUACACCUCUGACCACUUUGAUAAGAUUAUCCAGUAUGCAGAGAAGCUGAUAAAUGAGGGGAAGGCCUAUGCGGACGACACUCCUGCUGAACAGAUGAAAGCCGAGCGUGAACAGAGAACGGAGUCCAAGCACAGGAAUAACUCCGUGGAGAAGAAUAAGCAGAUGUGGGAAGAAAUGAAGAAGGGCACAAAGUACGGUCAGACCUGCUGUCUGCGGGCUAAGAUCGACAUGAACUCUAACAAUGGCUGCAUGCGAGACCCCACUUUGUUCCGUUGCAAGACUCAGCCACAUCCACGGACAGGAAACAAGUUUAACAUCUAUCCCACAUAUGACUUUGCCUGCCCCAUAGUUGACAGUGUGGAGGGAGUGACGCAUGCUCUCCGUACAACCGAAUAUCACGAUCGGGAUGAACAGUUUUACUGGAUCAUUAAUGCUUUGGGAAUCCGAAAGCCCUACAUCUGGGAGUAUAGUCGUCUGAACCUCAACAACACCGUGCUGUCCAAGAGAAGACUGACUUGGUUCGUCAAUGAAGGCCUUGUGGAUGGUUGGGAUGACCCCAGGUUCCCAACCGUACGAGGCGUCCUACGAAGGGGCAUGUCUGUGGAGGGGCUGAAGCAAUUCAUUGCUGCUCAGGGAUCUUCCAGGUCUGUUGUAAACAUGGAAUGGGACAAGAUUUGGGCUUUCAAUAAGAAGCUGCGAGCUAUCUGUAAGAAGGUGAUAGAUCCUAUAGCUCCACGGUUUACUGCCCUGUCAAGGAGCCAGGUUGUCCCAGUCAACAUUCCGGAAGCAGAAGAAGGAGUGACAGAAGUAGCCAAGCAUCCAAAGAAUGCCGAGGUCGGUUUGAAGCAAGUAUGGUACGGCCCAAGAGUUCUCAUCGAGGGAGCGGAUGCUGAAACAUUCUCUGAAGGCGAGACAGUCACAUUUAUUAAUUGGGGAAACCUAAACAUCACCAAAAUACACAGAGACUCCAGUGGCAAAAUACAGUCUCUAGACGCCAAGCUGAACCUGGAUAACAAGGACUACAAGAAAACCACAAAGAUCACUUGGCUGGCAGACACAGUUAAAGCUCCCUUAAUUCCAACCACGUGCGUCAACUACGACCACCUGAUCACCAAGCCAGUCCUGGGCAAAGAAGAAGACUUCAAGCAAUACAUUAACAGAAGCAGCAAGCAAGAAGAGGUGAUGCUGGGAGACCAUUGCCUAAAGAAUCUGAAGAAGGGCGACAUUAUCCAGCUGCAGCGAAGAGGGUUUUACAUUUGUGAUGAGCCCUAUGAGCCAAUCAGUCCACACAGCUGCAAGGAUGCCCCAUGUGUCCUAAUCUACAUCCCAGAUGGUCACACCAAGGAGAUGCCAACAUCUGGGUCUAAGGAGAAGGCAAAGGUGGCUACUGUCAAAAAGGAGACCAAGCCCAAGGGAAAGUCUGCAGAAGCGGCAGUGAAGGAUGCUCCGGUCUUAGCUCCACAGCCAGCAGCGGCUGCAGGUAGUCCUUUGGAACUGUACAACAAGGUCACAGCUCAGGGAGAUCUUGUCCGGGACCUCAAAGCCAAGAAAGCGGAGAAGGCCGCGAUCGAUAACGCAGUGAAAGGUCUUUUAGCCUUGAAAGCGGAAUACAAGCAGGCAACAGGGCAAGACUAUAAACCAGGAAAUGUCCCUGCACCCGCCACUACCCCUACCCCAGCAGCUGCUAAUAACAGCAAUGAUGCUAAAACACUGUAUGAUAAGGUGACUGAACAAGGGGACUUAGUCCGGAAACUGAAGGCUGAAAAAGCACCAAAGCCUCAGGUAGAAGCAGCCGUGAAAUCUCUCUUAGAACUGAAGUCAGGUUAUAAACAAUUAACGGGGCAGGAGUAUAAGGCAGGCAGCUCUCCCUUAGCUGCGAGCAACAAUCCUGCACCCCCUCCUACUGCUCCUCAAUCUGCUGAUAUCACGGUGGUAUACAACAAGGUAACUGGACAAGGAGAGCUGGUCCGACAGCUCAAAAGCAAGAAGGCUCCUAAGGACGAGAUUGAUGCUGCAGUGAAAUUACUCCUAACCCUAAAAGCAGAAUACAAACAGCAGACUGGGCAGGAGUAUAAGCCUGGGUGCCCCCCUCCUCAGUCUCCCUGCAAAACCUCUGCUCCUGCACAGGGUUGUGGCCGAGCAGAUGCCAUCUCCGCAGACCAUGCUAGCCUCUAUACCAGAGUUGCUGAGAAAGGAGAGGCUGUCCGCAAGCUGAAGUCUGAAAAGGCUCCAAAGGACAAGGUGGAUGAGGCAGUGAAAGCUCUGCUCGCCCUGAAAGCCGAAUACAAAGAAAAGACGGGUCAUGAGUUCAAACCAGGGCAGCUGCCUGCAAACCCGGCAGUAGAGAAAUCUGUCAGUGUGCAAGACAAUUCCUCCAGUUCUUCAGAAGCCGACAAACUCCAUGACAAGGUGUCCAAGCAAGGCGACGAGGUCCGAAAACUGAAGAGUGGAAAAGCUCCAAAGGAAGCAGUGGAUGCCGCAGUUAAGCAGCUUCUGGACCUAAAGUCUCAGUACAAGGCCCUCACAGGAACAGAGUACAAGCCAGUGGCUGCCGUAGGCCCCGUGGACAAGAAACCCAAAGAGGACAAGAAGCAGAAGGAGAAAGAAAACAAGUCUGAGAAACAGAACAAGCAGGCCAAACAGAGUGAUGGGCAGAAGAAAGAGCCAGCUAAGGACUCUUUUAAUGGUUCCUCUGGAGGAGCCGGAGAAGGGCAGGGCCCAAAGAAACAGACCAGGCUGGGACUGGAGGCCAAGAAAGAGGAAAACCUUGCAGAUUGGUAUUCUCAGGUGAUCACGAAAUCCGAAUUGAUCGAAUAUUAUGAUGUCAGUGGCUGCUACAUAUUGCGUCCUUGGUCUUUCGCCAUCUGGGACUCCAUUAAAAACUUCUUUGAUACUGAAAUAAAGAAGCUGGGAGUGGAGAACUGCUACUUCCCCAUGUUUGUGUCUCAGGCCGCCCUGGAGAAAGAAAAAACCCACAUUGCUGACUUUGCCCCAGAGGUGGCUUGGGUUACCAGGUCGGGGAAGACUGAACUGGCUGAGCCAAUCGCUGUUCGACCCACAAGUGAAACUGUUAUGUAUCCCGCAUAUGCAAAAUGGAUUCAGUCUCACCGAGACCUCCCCAUCAAACUGAACCAGUGGUGCAAUGUUGUGAGAUGGGAGUUUAAGCACCCCCAGCCAUUCCUGCGCACCCGUGAGUUCCUGUGGCAGGAGGGACACACUGCCUUUGCUGAAUAUGAGGAAGCUGCAGAGGAGGUCCUGCAGAUCCUGGAUCUCUACACCCGGGUUUAUGAGGACCUCUUGGCUAUUCCUGUAGUCAAAGGAAGAAAGACAGAGAAGGAAAAGUUUGCAGGAGGAGACUAUACAACCACUGUGGAGGCGUUCAUAUCAGCCAGCGGCAGAGCCAUACAGGGAGCAACAUCACAUCACCUUGGACAGAAUUUCUCCAAAAUGUUUGAGAUUGUUUUUGAAGAUCCAAAAACCCCGGGCGAAAAGCAAUAUGCCUUCCAGAACUCAUGGGGUCUUACCACCCGAACAAUAGGAGUCAUGACCAUGGUCCACGGAGACAACAUGGGCCUUGUGCUGCCACCACGAGUAGCCUGCGUGCAGGUUAUCAUAAUUCCAUGCGGGAUCACAAACACAUUAGCUGAAGCAGACAAAGAAGCACUUCUGCAGAAAUGCAACCAGUAUUUAAAACGCAUUCUGAACGUCGAAAUCAGAGCGAGGACGGAUUUGCGUGACAACUACUCCCCUGGGUGGAAGUUCAACCACUGGGAGCUUAAGGGUGUCCCUAUCAGACUGGAAGUGGGCCCUAGAGAUAUGAAAAUGAACCAGUUUGUAGCAGUCCGACGAGACACAGGAGAGAAACUGACCAUCGCAGAGGACCAGGCAGAAACUAAAUUAAAGGAUAUUCUGGAAGAGAUUCACACCAACCUCUACAGCAGGGCACUUGCCGAUUUGACCAGCCACAUGGUGGCAACGGAUACUAUGGAGGAAUUCCAGAAACAGCUGGAUACAGGAAAAAUUGUGCAGAUUCCAUUCUGUGGGGAGAUUGACUGUGAGGAUUGGAUAAAGAAGAUCACAGCCAGGGAUCAGGAUCUAGAACCCGGAGCUCCUUCUAUGGGUGCCAAGAGUCUGUGCAUCCCCUUUAAGCCACUGAGAGAGCUUCAACCUGGAACCAAGUGUGUGUGCGGCAAGAAACCCGCCAAGUACUACACGCUAUUUGGACGCAGUUAUUAGAGAGUCGCCUGGAACCCCGUACUGAGCUGUUUAUUUUUAUUACCUAACCUCAAAAACAGAUUUUAGGACCCAUCGUGUGUGCUGAAAUGUCUCGCAUCUCUGCACACGCUUUUUUCUGAGUACUUCCCAGAUAAUAAAAGCUAUAAGGAAAU